AUGGCUACCCCCAGUGUCCUUACCUUUGAUGUUGAGGGUCGUGCUGUUGACUUCGAGGUCUGGGUCGAUGACCUACAGCUCUUCCUACAGUGCGAUAGGGCAGACGGACUCUCCCUGUUUGAUCUCACCUCUGGUGCCUCUCCUGCCCCGCCUGCUGAUGCUGACAGCACUGUUCGCUCACAGUGGGCCCCACGCGAUGCUGCUGCCCGUCUUGCUGUGCGUCGCGACUUACCGACCGCUGAGCGUGCGCACUUUAGUCAGUACAAGAGUGCUAAGACCUUGUACGACGCUGUAGUUGCACGCUACUCUUCCCUUGCCACUGCUGCACUGAGCCGCCUCAUGCUGCCGUACCUGUUCCCUGACCUCGCCGCCUUUCCCACAGUCGCUGACCUCAUUACGCACCUUCGCACUAGUGACACCCGCUACCGCGCUGCGCUUCCUGCUGAGUUCUGUGCCAAGAACCCUCCCCCCAUGUACAUCACCCUCUACUACAUAGUCACCCGGCUCCCUGACUCCCUUCGCUUAGUCAGGGACCACUUCCUCUUAGUUUGCCCCACCACACUCACCGUUGACCUCCUCGAGGAGCGCCUCCUGGCAGCAGAGAAGAGCAUAGUCGCUGUGGGAGCCUCUCGUGGUGACCCUCGUGCCCCCAUCAUUGAGGGGUGUUCCCCCUCCCCCCUCUUGCCCUCUGUUGGUUCUGCUGCUGCAGCCGACCUCGUUGGCUUCGAGUCGGUCAGAGCUGCGUCUGCCCCUAGCGGGAGACGCCGCACCGGCAAGGGCAAGGGGGGCAAGGGCGCUGGAGGGGCUGGCGGGGGCGGUGGAGGUGGCGGUGGAGGCAGUGGAGGGGGUGGGGGUGGUGGUGGGAGUGGUGGCGGGGGUGGAGGUGUCGGUGGCAGCGGUGGAGGCGGAGGAGGCGGCGGCGGUGGCGGUGGGAGCGGAGGUGGCGGAGGCGGCGGCGGCAGCGGUGGAGCUGGUGGCGGCUCUGCGCAGAGGAGUGGCUCCGGUGGUGGUCCGCGCCAGCUGCAGCAGCGCACUCGUGAGACCCCGUCCCCCCAGCAGCUUCGUGAGUGGGCGGGGGUUGCUAUCUUUGAUCUUGACUAUGAUGCUAUUCUUGCUGCCAUGUAUGCUGUGUCUACUAGUGAUGAGGGUGACGGUUACCCGUGUGUUCCGCCUGAUCCGGGCAUUGAGGCUGCUGCUCUAGGUGCUGGUGAGGCUGCUGCUCUAGGUGCUAGUGCGUCAGCCGCCCAAGGUGCUGGUGAGUCUGCUCUCUCAGGUACCACGUCGACUCAGGCCUUGCACACCUUCACCCUUGAAUCGGGUGCUUCCCGCUCCUUCUUUCGAGACCGCACCACGCUUACGCCGCUUAGUCAGCCGGUUGCGGUCUCCCUGGCGGACCCCUCUGGGGGUCCUGUCCUUGCUCACUUCUCCACUGUCUUACUGUGUCCGGCAGCCCCCUCUGGCACCCUGUCAGGUCUCUACCUCCUCUCGUUCUCCACGAACUUGGUGAGUGGUGCUGACCUACAGGAUGGGGGGGUUGACCAGUUCACUCCUGCGAGUCAGCGGGCGACCCACUACUGGGGGUGCUAA